AUGGAGGUUUUGCCGUGCAAUUUUCGCUGCUGUCAAAUUUUCGGCUUGUGGUACGAGAGCAGUAGCUACGCAGUUCUGAAAAAAAUGUAUAGAUCAGCGGUGCUCGUGAUUAUCUUUCAAUUCAUCAUAGGCGAGAUAAUCGAGCUCUUCCUCAUGGAAGGCGACGUGGGUGAAUUCACGGAGCUGCUUUACCUCGCCUGCACCUUCGGUGCGUUUGGCGUGAAGCUAUUGAACUUCAUGGCGCGGCGAGAAAAAAUAUUGGAUCUGCUCGAAGAUUUCAAGUCGCAAAAUUACCAGGCCAAAUCACCUCAAGAAUUGCAACUGUACGACAAGUACAGGAGAACUGCGAAAUUGAUUUUUUUGUGCGCAUUUGCCGCGUGUUCUUUGACCGGCGGUGCGCUUUGCUUCCUACCACUGAUCGUCGCUUCGGAAAACAAACAGCUCCACCUGCCUUUGCGGUACCUCCAAUUUUGGGAUACCUCGAACAACGUAUGCUUUUGGAUAUCUUAUGCGUUGAAAAUCCUGUCCGUCGUUUGCAGUGUACCACUCAACGUGUCGAUGGACACGUUGAUCUACGGAUUUUUGAUUUUGUCGACCGGACAGUUUCAGAUGAACUCUUGCCGAUUCAGAGACGGCCAAGAAUCGAUGAAAAGUUGUCUGAAUCAUUAUUUGAUGAUUGUGGCCACGGUCAAGAAAAUACAGAACUUUUUCGUCCCGGUCAUGCUACCUCUUUUACUUUCUAGCUUCAUCACGCUGUGCACCAGCAUUUUCGAGGUGUCUCGGAGGCAAGUGGGCAGUUUUGAUUUUUUGUUGCUCUCUGCUUACCUCGUUUGCAUGCUGUUUCAAAUAUUUUUCUACUGUUACUUCGGCAAUGAGCUUCAGGUACAGAGUCAAGCUGUGCCGGAAGCUGUUUAUUGCAGCAACUGGAUUGAUCGUACAAGGGAGGAGAGGAAAAAUUUAUGGCUCGUCAUGUUAUUUGCUCAACGUGGCUGCGACAUAUCUUUCCAUGGACAGUGCAAAUUAUCCCUCAACACAUUUACAUCGGUGGUUAAAACGUCAUAUGCGGCUUUGAAUCUAUUGAAAAAAUAA